AAACGCGAGUUGUAACUGUCGGUUUAUCGGUGUUAGGAGUACUUGCGAGAGGAGUCGUAAAAACAUAAUAUCUAGUGUCUUCGCUAGACCGGUCCCAAUCACCGCUCAACUUGAGCUAUGUUCCCGUACGUUGCAGUCGGUGUAAUCCUUCUCCUGUCGUCGGUUCACGGCGGAAUGCAGUUUUUCCAGUGCGACUUUGAAGCUGGCGAGAUAUGCGGAUUAACUCAAAGCAUGGAUGACGAUUUCGAUUGGGAGUUGGGUGCAGGUUCAACCCCAACUGAAAACACAGGCCCUUCAUUUGAUCACACUCUUGGAACUGCAACAGGUCAUUAUCUGUAUAUUGAAGGUUCCAACAGAGAAAUAGGGAAUAAGGCCAAUAUCAUCACCCCGAUAUUAGAAUAUCGAUCUGCACAUAUUUGUGUGAGAUUCUAUUACCAUAUGUAUGGAGCCCACAUCGGCGCACUCAAUGUUUAUAUCGGUAACCAUGGAAAUAGUUCAGACCUCCUUAUAUGGAAUAUGACAAGUGAAUCGGAAGAUGAAUGGUUGAAGGCAGAUAUUGACAUGCAUCUGGAAGAUGGAUACAGGAUGACCUUUGAAGGAAUCCGAGGGAGCAAUUUUCGAAGCGACAUAGCAAUUGAUGAUAUCAUGGUGUCCCAUGGGCUUUGCAGGGAUAUGGGCAGUACACUUACACCACCCUUGAAAAUUACCUCAGCUGACGAACUACGACAAGUAAUUGUUGACACGUCGAACACUGAAACACUGCCACCGAAUAUCACGAAUGGAUUAAAUGAAACGGUACUGGCGGGAGCUUCAGAAACGUCAGGUGUGUAUAUUGAGAUGUCGACUCUUCUAAUUAUCGUAUGUUGUGGAGUGGUAUUCUGGACAGUCGUGUUUAUAAGUUUAUGCGUGUACAUUCUGAGAGACAGGAGAAAAAAGAAAAAUGAUGGAGUGUCACAGGAACCUUGUGAUGGAACUAGUAACGGAAGUAACAAUAGUGAGAAUGAAUUAGAAACUAGUCCCAUUGAUGUAACCUUUGCGAAUGAAACUGAUAUUAUAGUUCACGAGGCACACACCCAUGAGAAUGAACCGCGGACGAAUGAAAAGACAAGGUCAGCUAAAAUUGUGCCUGGCAAGUGUGAUGGUAUUACUCCUAGUGUUAACGCUACAGAGAGAGAAACGGAUUCCCAUACCAGUCCACACAUAAAUGAACUCAUUUUAAAGUUUAAAAAAUUAGAACAGGCACAAACACAGAUCAACUAGUUAAUUAAUUUAUUGUUUUAAAGAGAUUUUUUAAUACAACAAAAAAAGAUU